ACAUAUAUUUAACAAAGCAUGUCGGAUAAACGGUUUAAAUCUUUUUUUUUUCUUUGUUAAAUCUAAGAAAAUUAGACAAGAUUGUUCUAGAAAUAUAAUAGUAAGCUUAGAUAAAGAAAGAGUUAAGAUGGUUCUAGAAAAAAACACACUCUUUUAAACGUGGAGUUAGUUUGUUGAGAUUCUUCUAAGAAUCACAAAGUAGCCACACAAAUCGCAAACCCUCUCUUUUGUCUCCAACGACGCCAGAUUUUGUUUUUUUGAAGUUUUUGUUGAAGUUAAAUUUAAUUUAAGAAGAUGAGCGUGGUAGGUUUUGAUUUUGGUAAUGAGAGUUGCAUUGUUGCGGUUGCUAGACAGAGAGGUAUUGAUGUCGUGUUAAACGAUGAAUCCAAACGUGAAACUCCUGCUAUUGUUUGUUUCGGUGAAAAGCAGCGUUUUAUUGGUACUGCUGGUGCUGCUUCAACUAUGAUGAAUCCUAAGAAUUCAGUUUCACAGAUUAAGAGACUUAUUGGGAAGAAAUUUUCUGAUCCCGAUUUGCAGAGUGAUCUUAAGUCUUUACCUUUUAGUGUCAGUGAAGGACCUGAUGGGUAUCCUUUGAUUCAUGCUAGGUAUUUAGGGGAAGUUAAGACGUUUACACCUACACAAGUGUUUGCGAUGAUGUUGUCGAAUAUGAAAGAGAUAGCUACGAAAAAUCUUAAUGCUGCGGUUCAUGAUUGUUGCAUUGCGAUUCCGGUUUAUUUUACUGAUCUUCAGAGAAGGGCUGUUUUGGAUGCUGCAACUAUUGCUGGUUUGCACCCACUUCGGUUGCUUCAUGAAACUACUGCGACUGCUUUGGCGUAUGGGAUUUAUAAGACAGAUCUGUCUGAAACUGAUCCGCUGAAUGUGGCCUUUGUGGAUAUUGGACAUGCUAGUAUGCAGGUGUGCAUUGCUGGAUUCAAAAAGGGGCAGCUGAAAGUGUUGGCUCAUUCGUUCGAUAGGUCUCUUGGUGGUAGGGAUUUUGAUGAGGUUUUGUUUCAUCAUUUUGCUGGGAAGUUUAAGGAGGAGUACAAAAUCGAUGUGCUUCAGAAUGCUAGGGCAUGUCUGAGGCUUAGGGCUUCUUGUGAGAAGAUGAAGAAGAUGCUCAGUGCAAAUCCUGUGGUACCCAUGAACAUUGAGUGCUUGAUGGAUGAGACAGAUGUGAAGGGUAUCAUGAAGCGUGAGGAGUUUGAGGAACUGAGUCUCCCUAUUUUGGAGCGUGUCAAGGGACCUUUGGAGAAGGCACUUGCCGACGCAGGACUCUCAGUUGAUGACAUACAUAUGGUUGAGGUUGUUGGUUCGGGCUCUCGCGUACCAGCUAUAAACAAAAUUUUGACCGAGUUUUUCAAGAAGGAGCCUAGGCGGACAAUGAACGCUAGUGAAUGUGUUGCUAAAGGAGCUGCAUUGCAAUGCGCUAUUCUUAGCCCAACAUUUAAAGUGCGAGAAUUUCAGGUCAAUGAAAGCUUCCCUUUCUCAAUUUCCCUUGCAUGGAAAGGUUCCGGUCCAGAUGCACAGGAUACUGUACCCGAUAAUCAGCAGAGUUCCCUUGUUUUUCCCAAGGGUAAUCCUAUACCAAGUAUCAAGGCACUGACAUUCUACAGGUCCGGAACAUUUACCAUUGAUGUACAGUAUAGUGAUGCGAGUGGGCAACAAACACCUUCAAGGAUAAGCACAUAUACUAUUGGUCCUUUCGAAGUUAAACAAAGCGAAAAGGCAAAAGUUAAAGUGAAAGUUCGUUUGAAUGUGCAUGGAAUUGUUUCUGUUGACCUGGCAACUCUCCUAGAAGAGGAAGAAGUUGAGGCUUCAGUUUCCAAAGAAUCAGCAAGCGAACCUACUAAGAUGGAUGCUGAUGAAGCUCCUGCUGAUGCUGCUGCUGCACCUCCCAAUGGCAAUGACGCUGAUGUUAAUAUGCAAGAUGCAAAGGCUAAUGCUGAUACCCCUGGCGUUGAAAAUGGCAUCCCUGAGAAUGGAGAUAAGCCUGCACAAAUGGAUGUUGAUGAUACCAAGGUCCCAAAGAAAAAGGUUAAGAAAACAAAUGUUCCUGUGGCUGAGUUAGUUUAUGGAGCAAUGUCACCUGCGGAUGUCCAGAAAGCUUCGGAGAAGGAGUAUGAAAUGGCUUUGCAAGAUCGUGUAAUGGAAGAAACAAAGGACAAGAAAAAUGCAGUAGAGGCUUAUGUUUAUGACAUGAGAAACAAGCUUAAUGACAAAUACCAUGAGUUUGUCAUUGCUUCUGAGAGGGAAGGUCUUACUGCGAAACUUCAGGAGGUGGAAGAUUGGCUAUAUGAGGACGGUGAAGAUGAAACUAAAGGGGUAUAUAUUGCAAAACUUGAAGAGCUCAAAAAGCAAGGUGACCCGAUUGAAGAGCGUUACAAAGAAUACACGGAGAGGGGUGCAAUAAUUGAUCUGUUCAACAAUGUUUUAGCUAGUUACAGAGAAGCUGCAAUGUCAGCCGAUCCCAAAUUUGAUCACAUUGACAUCAACGAAAAACAGAAGGUCUUAAAUGAAUGUGUUGAAGCUGAGAACUGGCUUAGGGAGAAGAAGCAGCAGCAAGACGCACUUCCAAAACAUGCCAACCCUGUACUAUUGGUAGCUGAAAUAAGAAAGAAAGCUGAGGCCCUUGAUAGGUUCUGCAAGCCAAUUAUGACAAAGCCAAGGCCGGCCAAGCCAGCUGCUCCACAAGCACCGCCAAGUCCAGCUUCUUCAGGUUCUGAGCAGCAGCAAUCUCAUGCAGAUGAGAAUGCCAGCACAAAUGAAAAUACCGGGGAUGAUGGUAAUCAGGCUUCAUCAGCAUCCAGUGAACCUAUGGAGACUGAUAAACCAGACAAUGCUGGUUCUGCAUAAUUUUUGUUCUUGAUUUGGUCUCAUUUUCUUUCCAAGACUAGUAGUGUCUGUCUACCACAUGAUUGUGUGGUUUGCCUUCCAAAUGCGUGGUGGAAAGCGGGCAAAUUUAUUUAUGCUCUUUAGGUUUAUAGAAUAUAUAUUUGUGUACCAUUUCUAGAAGUUUAAUUAUAAUGGAUGUUUCCCAUUUUGCGUUUCAA